GUGGUAGACUGUUACAAUGUCAGUUCUCACACAGAUUUCAACCAAAAUAUUGGUUUAUUCUACGAUUUUAAGCUUAGUAACUGCACAAAAUGACUGUAACAGACCGUGUGAUGGUUUGGCACGUGUUUGUUCAUACACGUUUCAAUUAGAAUGGUUUUUGGCUUUGGGAAGACCAUGUUUUGAUUGCCCAACAGUACAAUCAGAUUGUUUCAGACAGGAUUGCAUUGUUGCUGGGGGAUAUCAACGUGGUGUGACUGUUAUUAAUCGAAUGAUGCCAGGACCAACCAUUGAAGUAUGCCAAGGUGAUAGAGUUGAAGUUUUGUUGAUAAAUAGCUUAAGUAACGCUGAAUCGACCACAAUUCAUUGGCAUGGUAUAAGAAUGAGUGAUAAUCCUUACAUGGAUGGAGUUCCUUAUGUCACACAGUGUCCCAUACCGUAUAAUAACAAUUUUACGUAUUCUUUUGUUGUGCCUGAAGCUGGGACGUAUUUUUAUCACUCACAUACGGGCAGUCAACGUGGUGAAGGCACUCAUGGAGCAUUGAUUGUUCGUCAACCUGACUCUCAAAACUUAUUACGGAGUUUAUACGAUCAAGAUUUGCCUGCACAUAUUAUACAAAUCACAGAUUGGACUAUAAAUGGCCGCCUGGAAGCGUCCCUUCGUUAUUGGCAGAACGCUGAACCCUUUCAACCAGAUUCUAUAAUAAUUAAUGGUUUAGGAUAUCCUGAUUUUACUGAUUUGAAUACAAGUUGGCCUUUAGCUCGUUUUACAGUGCGUAGAGGCAAUCGUUAUAGAUUUCGUGUCAUCAAUGUGGGUUUCAAUGAUUGUCCACUUGAAAUUCAAAUAGAUAAUCAUCAGUUGAUGAUGGUGAGCACUGACGGGCAGGAUUUUUCUCCAACGAUUGUUGAUUCUUUGAUGACUUUUUCUGGAGAAAGAUAUGAUUUUAUUUUAAAUGCUAAUCAAACACCAGGGACUUAUUGGAUUCGUGUGAGGGGACAGGUUUUGUGUAACACGGCACGGAUUUUUCAAGUCGCCAUCUUGCAAUAUGAAGAUAGUGAUAUUUCUCAGACACCGGCGGGACCUGUACCAAGCUAUGAUGACUUUAAUACUGGUCUUCAAUUCAACACCGUGAAUUCUACGUAUAAUAAUUUAGUUUCUGUGACGUCCCUGGCUCCAUCUGAUGUUUUUCUAAGUCCACAGACUCAGUUAAUACAGAGAUUCAUUGAGUUUGAUUUUAAUAAUGUGAAUAAUCCAAUGUAUUAUCGUGCACCUUACAAUCUUCAAAACGUACCAUUUUCACAACGUAGAGGAACACCGCAAUUCGAUAACAUAUCAUUCCGAAGUCCAUCUGUGCCAUUGUUACCAAAUCGAUUUGCAAUUCGUCCCGAGGAUUUGUGUGAACCGGAAACAAUACGUAAUCAAAAUUGCGCACAGAAUUUCUGUACUUGCGCCUACGUUAUUCAGUUUCCUUUAAACUCCAACGUGGAGCUGAUUCUGAUCGAUGUCGGAAAUGGAAUUGAUGCGAUACAUCCCAUUCAUUUACAUGGCUACGCGUUUCGUGUGUUAGGCUCCCAAAGAUUAGGAAGAAACACAACAACUGCAACGGUACGAGCUAUGGAUGACUUAGGACUUCUACAGAGGAAUUAUCGAGCACCUCCAAGGAAGGAUACCAUUGGUGUACCACAUGGUGGUUAUGCAAUUAUACGAUUCAGAGCUGAUAAUCCAGGAUUUUGGUUGAUGCACUGUCACAUUGAUACUCAUAUAGAAGUUGGAAUGGCAUUGGUGAUCCAAGUUGGCGAAGCAAGUGAUAUGAGAAGCACGCCACCAAAUUUUCCAACUUGUGGUAAUUAUAGCCCAUAGGAAAUAAAACGCGUUUGCAUAUCUGGUUGUAUAAAAAUACGUAUAAGUUAUAAAAAUCCACAACCUAAUAUCAAAAGCAUCACUGAUAUGGGAAACACGAUGUAAAUGCCAACACGAGGAUGGCACGUACUGACCAGCAGAAACAUGUUAUCUUCAUCAACUUCUAUGCCAUCAUGUGUGGGUACUUCCACUACGACUGUCUCAUCCGAUAAAAACUGAAUCGGAAAGUGACAUUCCGUCACGUUGAUACACUCCUUGUCUUUUGUGUUAUUCAUGUAUUGAAAUGUGGGUUUAAACACGUCGAAAACAGCGUGGAUGAUGUUGUUCUCUAUAUCGUUGUCCGAAUAGAAGAUGUAAUAGUAAUACCCGUCGGAAACAACGUUGUGUUCGGUUUCUAAAUGCGUGCCAUCAUCGAGGUCGUAAACAUUGGUGCAUUUGUCGCUUGGAUCAAAACCAUGCGCCAAAAGAAUAGAACCAUCAUAACAUGUGAGAAGAUCUUCCUCAAAACUGGAAACACUGUUAAUGGUGGAAUCUCGUUGGGAGAAGUCAAUGGCAUUGCCGCCAUGUUCGAUUCCGCCAUCAAGCAUUUGUUGAAUGUCACGUUUAGGCCUAGAUUCCGGUGUGAUUGGUUGCUCGUUUUCAUCUACUUCUAAUUCAGCGUUUUCAUCGUCGAUUUCUUCAACUGCUGUUGGGUCUAUGUUUUCAUCCAGUUGUGCUUGUAAACGUUCGAUUUCCAUUUCAAUUCUUUUUCGGUAAUGCCUCCGUGGAUUUCGUGAUUCCACCAUCUUGGCUGUUUUUUGUUCGACAUCAUCUAUUUCUUCAAGUCUUAAAGCCUCUGCGUGUAAAUUGUGUUUUAUUGUAGACUCCAGAACAGGAGUGGCUUUGCUUGUUUUGUUCUUAGCUUUAUUAAGCCUCUUUUUAACGAAUUCUUCAACAGGUUUCUCAACUUUUUUCUCGGCAGUUGUGUUCUUUUUAAUCGGUACUGGAGUUUCCUCGGAACUUGAAUUCAAUUCCUCUGCAUCCUCAAAUAUCACUUUUACUUGUUGAUGAUCUUUAUCCAUAGUAGCUCCAACUUUUUUCAUGUUGUGAUCCAUAAGACCACAAGUAUCCAGCCUUUUAUCACCUCGAACAACCAACAAUCUUGAACCUGGAUAUCUUGAGCAUGCCUUCAACCUCACAGUUGAAUUAGCCAAAAGAAAAAAGCCAAAAUACUCUAAAGUAUCAUCAGGUAGUUCCAUGGACUUCUUUAAACGCAGAUGUUUCUUUUUUGAGCUCAAUUGUGGAGAACUUCGAAGUUGAAAAGCAUUAAAAGUGCUGUUCAUAUGUAAGGAAUGUGAGGAGCAGAACACUGAUGAGACUCCAUCCAUGAUAGCAAGCACAUCAGAUUCUGCCACCUCAAAUUUACCAUCUGCAUAAACACUAUGCCUAAGAUAGAGUGGAGUUAUGAUGAGUAUCAUUGGCAGGACUGCCAUCAUGAGACAGAAAAUGAGCACUCGUUUGACUCCAUGCAUGUCUCCAAGUUCUAAAACCAACAAGAAACUCUGAAUCAGUAAAACAACACAGACAUACAGACAUAUAUAAUCCUUGUUUUUGUUAUUAGCACAAUUUUUUACCUUCGAUUCACACAGGUGAUAAACAUUAAAACAAAUAAAUUGAUUUAAUGAAUUGCAAUAUAAUAAAUCCCAAGAGUAAACUGAUUGAAUAAUA